AUGUUGGGGUCCUUCAAGCAGUCCGCUCUCUAUCAGGAGCUGAAUGCCCGUCUCGUGUUCAUCGGAUGCUUAGUCUCCUUGGGCGCCAUGGGGUUCGGGUUUGACAACUCCUGGUGGGGAGGUGCGUUAGGUCUCGAGCAGUUUAACAAACAUUAUGGAGUAUACGAUCCAAGCACUGGUGGAUACGUCCUUCCCUCGGAGAAGCAGUCAGCUGGCACAGGCACCGGUUCGGCUGGUAUCAUUCUGGGAUGUCUCGCAGCCCCUUGGUUGUGUUCGCAUUUGGGAAGGAAACCGACAUUGUUGGUGAUGUCAGGUCUCCUGACUGUUGGAACCGUUCUGGAGGCUUCCGCUGUCACCUCAUUCUGGCAACUUGUUGUUGGUCGUAUCGUGGUAUAUUCUGGUAUCGGCGUCGCAUCCAAUGUGGUCCCAAUGUAUCAGUCCGAAUGUGCUCCCACCAAGGUUCGAGGUGCGUUUCUAACGGCAUACUCGAUUUGGAAUACCUUUGGUGGCUUCCUCGCGACCCUGGUGGUUUUCCUUUGUCAGAACAUCAAAGGCGAGUGGGCGUAUCUCACGGUCAUUCUCUGUCAGCUCUUGGUUCCUCUAGGCAUCGUGUUGGGAUAUCCCUUUCUCCCCGAGACCCCUCGAUACUUGGUCUAUCGCGGACGGUUGCAGGAAGCUGAAGCGUCCAUGAAAGUUCUGUUUGGGGCCGACUACAACGCGAGCGAGGAAAUCCAACUCUUGCAGCUCCAGCUGGAAGAGCAACUUGAAUUCCACAAGGCAACGAGCGUGCUGGACUGCUUUCGCGGCGUGAACCUGCGACGGACCAUCAUCGCGAUGGGUGUACAAAUCCUGCAGCAGGCUCAGGGUAUCUCGUUUAUCAACAAUUUUAUCGUGACAUUCAUGAAGCAGCUGGGAUUCCCAGAUCCACUGAAGUCGAAUGUCAUUGUCCAGACUUGUGGUCUUGUGGCCAACUGUAUCUCCCUGUACACUUUUGACAAGCUGGGACGGCGGAUCAACAUGCUUGUGGGUGCUUUGCUCAUGGCGGCCAUGAUGAUGGGGGUCGGUGGCGCCAGCGCAUACGGAACGUCCAACCUCACCACCAUGGCCCAGAAUGGAUGCGUCGCAAUGCUCAUUCUGUGGUAUGUCUUCUACGGUUUAUCAUGGGGACCGGGUGUCUGGAUUCUGUCCGGUGAAAUCGGAACAGGUCAAUUGCGAGAACGGACCCUGCUGUUGGCAUCGCUCGGAAGUUUUGUCACCUCCGUGCCCAUCAACUUCGUGAACCCAUACGUCCAAGCUGCUAUCGGCGGUCGUGUCACGUUUAUCUACGGCAGUUUCUCGGUUGCCGCGAUCGCGUUCGUGUAUUUCCUGCUGCCGGAGACUAAGGACCGAUCCCUGGAGGAGCUAGACGAAAUGUUCCAGAACAAAGUUCCCACGAGAGAGUUUCCCACCUAUGUUUGCACGGGUCUGGGGGCCCAAAUUACGCAGCUGGAGAAUAAGGACGACCUCGGCGACAUGAAGGUCAAGCAGGUUGAGCAUGUGGAAGCAGCGUUGUAG